UGUGCGUAACUUAAGUCUUACCUCCCUGUAGUGGUACUGAACCCUUCACACACACAAACAUGAGUGAACACUCUGAAAACUCUAGUAUAAAAGAUAAAGCUGCAUUCAUUGCUUUGUUAGCAAAACACAAUGCUAAGCCCUCCCCAGCUGGGGAAGAAUGGGCUCAAAAUAAUUGGUUUAACCUGGAAAAUGUAACUGAUAGAAUUUGCUCCCUGCAACAUGAGGCAAAAUUCAAAUUUGGCCGUAAUAAAACCAUAAUUUGUUCUGUAUUGGGAGCUUGCCUUACGUCAGCUGUAGAGGCUCGCACGAGACGAAGGCAGGAAGAGAAUGUAAUUAUACAAUCCCUACAAAAUUUAGUUGAAAGUUUGCAAAAUGAAAUUCAUUUCUUACGAACUGCUCUGAGUGAGGAGUGUGCCAAAAAUUCACAGUGUGCUGAUUCCUUUAAGGAGUCGCUGGAAAAAGAAACUCCUCAGAUAAAUCACAAAUAUUCUCAAGCAGAAUUACAUUUGGUAAAAAACUGUGGUGAAAACUGUUGCUCCCAAAUAAGACCUUUGAUUAAAACAGAAUAUAACUAUAUCAAUGAUGAAGAUCUUGAUCCACAUAUAACCACUAAAGAAAUCCCGUACACUGCUACUGAAUUGGCUAAGUUAAAAAAGGAGUAUGGGCGUCUCCCUCACGAGUCAGAGACAGAAUAUGUAUUUCGAGUGUCUCUCACAGGGGGAGAUCAAAUUCGAUUAUCUGAACAAGAAGCAAGUGGUUACUGGGGACAUGGUGUUUUCAUAACAACAGGAGAUAACCGCAACCCAUGGUCCCUAACACAGCGAGCUGCAUAUUGGGCAGGGGGACUUAACCCCCUGGAAAGGGGAGAUCCUGUAGCUCUAACCGGCUCCCCAGACCAAAUUCUCAAAAACAUGCAUAAGGCAGCUUGUCUACAACUGAUUUAUGAAAGAAAAUUAAUUGUUGGUUAUGAAUCACCAAUUUUGUUACCUGUGAAAGCUGAAAUUAUGACCCCUUUAAUUUGUGGUCUUUCAGAAUCACUGAAACCUACAGCAAUUCUCCUCCAAACAACCAUAGAUGAUAUCCUUGUGGGAGGAGAUGAAAAAGAAGUAAUAAAAAAUAAAGAUGCUGAAAAGAGGUGCACUACCUGGGAAAAGGGAUUGUUGGUAGUUAAUCCAGCUCUCAUAGAAGUAGAAAAAAUUACACAACAACAACCAAUUGCAUUAAAAGGCCCUUUUGAAAUUACUAAGACAGCCACUACUGGGACUCUCCACCCUGACGGGGUGGCCCAGAGGGCCACAGUGAGAAAGUGGUAUGCCCAGAUUGAACAUGACUCUAACAUCUUCUCAAUAACAGAAGGAGCUGUAAAAAAUCAAGUGAUACAAAAAACUGAGAGCUUAAGUAGCAGCCAUGACAAACCUGACUUGAUAAUUAAAGAAACCCCUCCCAACAUAAAAACAGAAAAAGGUAGGCUGAUUUCUAGCCUACAGUAUUGGUGGAACUUGGGGGUGAAGAAAGGGGUACCGAAGGGUUUAAUGGUUAACCUGCCGCUUAAAAAAUUAAGUAAAUUGGUCUCUCAGUGGCAGGAUUCCAGCCCCAUUAUACCAAGCGCUCCACCUCACCCUCAACUGAUUCUGGGCAGUGGGCCAAAGCAACACCACUCACAGGUUCUGGACAGUGAGCAAAAACAAUCAGCAAACUCUUGGUUCACUGAUACCUCUGCCAAACGAGAGGGAGAGGUGUGGAGGUGUGGGGCAGUAGCCCUCCACCUUUCCUCUGCUGAACAAAUCGCUACUGAGGAAGAAAGCAGCACUCAGGCUGCAGAGCUGAUAGCUGUUUGGAGUGUUUUCCAACAUGAGGUACAGAAUACCUCCCUUGUCUGUAUUUACACUAACUCCUCUGCUAUGUUCAAGGGAUAUACUGAGUGGCUUCCUUUUUGGCAACAAAAGGACUGGGAAGUAAACAGAAUUUCAGUAUGGCAGAAGGAAAAGUGGCAAGAAAUUCUACGCUUUCUGCUGGUAAGAGUGGGGAUUAUAUCUUGGUUAGUCCAAACUGAAACUUUUAAAAGAACUACAGGAGAAUAUUCAUGGGUAACCUCCGAUGCCCUGGGGAUAGAGCAUUGGAUAAACACCCACUGGAUAAUUCCAUCAUUUUAAUCUCCUGCCCCUAUGUGGCAGACUCUGUUUUGUUUAUUUUCUACAGAAGAACACCGAGGGACAUGAAGAUCAGAUAAACCAUGAAUUUAUAGAUUUAAAAUAAAUGCUGUAACAAGGUCUAUAUUAAGUGUGAUAAUCACAUACCAUGGUGUAAAUACCCCUUUUGUGCUGAAUGGUAAAACUAACGUUUUCCCUUCUUUUCUGUUAACUCAAGGUGAUGACGUUUCAAUACGCUGCAGACUGAGUACCGGAUCCCACACUGAGCCUGUACACAGUCAAGUUGCCGGAUCUCGUGGCCAGGUUAU